CAGUUUUACGUCUUGCACUGACGCGCUCGUCACGUGCGCUCCAAGGGCAGCGCGCCCGAUUUUGCUUCCUUUUCUUUUUUUGCUGCUCGUGGACGUGUGGAGUAGGUCUCCGUUCGCACGUUGCCCUGUGCAUGACGACCACUGCGGCGGCGGGGCGUUGACAGAGUGUGUUCGUUCGGCUUUCGUGUCGCGCUGCGUAAGGGUUCUCGCGCGUUACGCAAACAGGUGCGCCGAAUAGUGGCAAGUCAUCCAACUUUGGUGCGACGCGAGUCUGUAGGUUCUCACCUGGCUCCGUCGCGUUCGAUCGUGCAAGAAAGUGUUGCGGAGACGACGUUGAUUUUCUGAAUUGCGAGGUCGAAGAAAAACGUAAUAAAAUUGUCUACAAGUUUACGAGUUGACCUUGUGAAAAUUGUGAAUGUUUUCAUGAAGGCCGUAUUGUUUCUCUGAUGUAAGAGCUUUUAUUUCGAAGUAAGUGUUAAGAGAAAUAGUUUUAAAGCUGCAUAAUGCUGUGGAUUAACGAUCCAUUAUUUACAGACUCGCCUGCUUAGAAGUGAAUCGAAUGUGACAUCAAUUUUGUGAAGGAAUAGUAAUAAUUAGUCUUCAAUUUUUGUUUCGAAUUUCCUACGAACUUCGGCAAUCCAAAAGAGCUAAAUUGCGUACGCAGUGUUCCUCUGGAAUUCCUUUUCAAAACCAAUUUUUCGUAAAAUAGCCCUUAAGGGUCGCCCUUUACGCACUCCUUUGAACUACAUUGAUAACCCUAAAAAUGCAUCGGCAUAAACGAUUUAUAUUGGCGGAACAAUCCUGCGGAGAUGACGAAACAUGGAAACUUCCUUCUGCCGAGCCACACAUGAAACCAAGCAUGUCCCAGGGCACAGUAAUGGCACAUCCCAGAUUUCAAGAAAAAGAUUUCACUGUGGCCACACCUGAAGAAUUUGUCAGGCGUUUUGGUGGUACUAGAGUUAUUAAUAAGGUUCUUAUAGCAAACAAUGGAAUUGCAGCUGUUAAAUGUAUGCGAUCAAUUCGACGAUGGUCAUAUGAAAUGUUCAAAAAUGAAAGGGCAGUGCGAUUUGUUGUUAUGGUCACUCCAGAAGAUCUUAAAGCCAAUGCUGAAUAUAUCAAAAUGGCUGAUCACUAUGUCCCAGUACCUGGAGGAGCAAACAAUAAUAAUUAUGCCAAUGUUGAACUGAUUCUUGAUAUUGCUGUUCGUACACAAGUUCAAGCUGUUUGGGCAGGAUGGGGACAUGCUUCUGAGAACCCCAAGCUUCCAGAAUUAUUGCAUAAAAAUAAUAUUGCAUUUAUUGGACCUCCUGAGAAGGCUAUGUGGGCUUUAGGUGAUAAAAUAGCAUCUAGUAUUGUUGCACAGACUGCUGAUAUUCCUACACUACCUUGGUCAGGAAGUGAGCUCAAAGCUCAGUAUGGUGGAAAGAAGAUAAAAAUUUCUUCAGAAUUGUACAAGAAGGGAUGUGUUACGGGUAUUGAAGAUGGACUUCAGGCAGCUCAGAAAAUAGGCUUCCCUGUAAUGAUUAAAGCUAGUGAGGGAGGUGGUGGAAAAGGCAUUCGGAAAGUAGAAAAUUCGGAAGAAUUUGCCAACCUUUUCCGUCAGGUUCAAGCUGAAGUACCUGGUUCUCCCAUUUUUGUUAUGAAACUUGCUCGGUGUGCAAGACAUUUAGAGGUUCAGUUACUUGCAGAUCAAUAUGGAAAUGCAAUAUCUCUCUUUGGUAGAGACUGCUCAAUUCAACGUCGACAUCAAAAAAUCAUUGAAGAAGCUCCAGCUGUUAUUGCAAAACCUGAAGUUUUUGAAGAUAUGGAAAAGGCUGCAGUAAGAUUAGCCAAGAUGGUUGGGUAUGUCAGUGCUGGAACAGUAGAAUAUUUAUAUGAUACUGAAGGGAAUUAUUAUUUUCUGGAAUUGAAUCCAAGAUUGCAAGUAGAACAUCCUUGCACAGAGAUGGUAGCUGAUGUUAACCUACCUGCUGCACAACUUCAGAUUGCAAUGGGACUGCCCUUAAAUAGAAUUAAAGACAUUCGUCUUCUGUACGGGGAGUCUCCCUGGGGAGAAAGUGAUAUUGACUUUGAUAUACCUCGUCACAAACCACAGCCAUGGGGUCAUGUUAUUGCUGCUCGAAUUACUAGUGAAAAUCCAGAUGAAGGUUUUAAACCAAGCAGUGGAACAGUUCAGGAACUUAAUUUCCGUUCUUCUAAAAAUGUCUGGGGUUAUUUUAGUGUAGCUGCAUCUGGUGGACUGCAUGAAUUUGCAGAUAGUCAGUUUGGUCAUUGUUUCUCGUGGGGAGAGAACAGAGAACAGGCAAGAGAAAACCUUGUAAUUGCUCUCAAAGAGCUGUCUAUUAGAGGUGAUUUCCGAACCACUGUGGAGUAUUUGAUCAAAUUACUAGAGACACCAAGUUUCCAGGAUAAUUCUGUAGAUACUUCGUGGUUGGAUGUGUUGAUUGCGGAGCGAGUACAGGCUGAGAAGCCAGAUGUUCUUCUUGGUGUAAUAUGUGGAGCAUUACAUAUUGCUGAUAGAACGAUUCUGAAUGGAUUCCAAAAUUUUCAGUCCUCUUUAGAGAGAGGCCAGAUACAGGGUUCCAAUACUUUAAUGAAUACUGUUGAUGUAGAAUUAAUCAAUGAUGGUUACAAGUACAAAGUUCAAUCUACAAAAUCAGGGCCUAAUACUUAUUUUUUGGUAAUGAAUGGCUCAUUUAAGGAAAUUGAAGUUCAUCGUCUUUCAGAUGGAGGAAUACUGUUGUCUGUUGAUGGUGCCAGCUACACUACAUACAUGCGUGAAGAAGUAGACAGAUAUAGAAUUGUUAUUGGUAAUCAGACAUGCAUAUUUGAAAAAGAAAAUGAUCCAACUCUUCUGCGAGCACCAUCAGCAGGAAAGCUUCUGAAUUAUUUGGUUGAAGAUGGUGGUCAUGUGUAUGCAGGCCAAGCAUACGCUGAAAUUGAGGUUAUGAAGAUGGUUAUGACAGUUACUGCAAGUGAAGCAGGAAGUGUGUUUUAUGUCAAGCGACCUGGUGCUGUACUUGAUGCUGGCUCAGUAAUUGCCCAUCUUGAAUUAGAUGAUGCUUCGUUAGUUACAAAAGCUCAAGAAUAUAAGAACCAGUUUCCAGAAUUGGAUAUGUCCGUACCAACUGUUGGGGAAAAACUUAAUCAUGUACAUAAUAGUUAUCGUGUUAUAUUGGAGAAUAUUCUUUCUGGAUAUUGCUUGCCAGAUCCUUUUCAUUUGGCAAGGCUACGUGAAGUCAUUGAGAAAUUCAUGGCAUCUCUCAGAGAUCCAAGCUUGCCUCUGCUAGAAUUACAAGAAGUUAUUGCCUCAAUUUCUGGUCGCAUUCCUAUUUCUGUUGAGAAGAAAAUUCGGAAGCUAAUGACAUUAUAUGAACGCAACAUAACAUCUGUGCUAGCUCAGUUUCCUAGUCAGCAGAUUGCCAGUGUAAUUGAUGGGCAUGCUGCUACAUUACAGAAACGCUCAGAUCGUGAUGUCUUCUUUUUAACAACUCAGGGGAUUGUGCAAUUGGUUCAGAGAUACCGUAACGGAAUUAGAGGACGAAUGAAGUCUGCGGUUGCUAAAAAGAAUAUGCUUGUUACAAUGUUAAUUGAUCAUUUAUGGUCAAAUGAACCUGGGCUGACUGAUGAAUUAGCUACUACUCUCAACGAAUUGACAUCACUGAACAGAAGUGAACAUUCUCGUGUAGCCCUGCGAGCUAGACAGGUAUUAAUUGCUGCCCAUCAACCAGCCUAUGAGUUGCGUCAUAAUCAAAUGGAAUCUAUAUUUUUGUCUGCUGUUGAUAUGUAUGGACAUGAUUUCCACCCCGAAAAUUUGCAAAAAUUAAUUUUGUCAGAGACCUCUAUUUUUGAUAUUCUUCAUGACUUUUUCUAUCAUACGAACAAAGCUGUUCGGAAUGCUUCCUUGGAGGUGUAUGUUCGAAGAGCGUAUAUCUCUUAUGAACUAACGUGUCUUCAACUUCUUGAGUUAUCUGGGGAAAUAAGCUUGGUGCAUUUUCAAUUUCUCCUACCAUCAUCACAUCCUAACAGGAUACCUCUGAAUAAGUCAGAACAUGGACUUAUUACCAGUGAAAUCGAUUUUUCAUUGAGUAUGGAAAAUUGUCAGCGAACAGGUUGCAUGGCAGCUUUUGAGACUUUUGAGCAGUUCGAACAAUAUGCAGAUGAAAUGCUAGAUGUUUUAGAGGAUUUUGCUUCUCCUGCCGUAGUAUCUCCUAAAGUUCUAGAUGCUCUUGAAAGUGGCAGUGAAUCACGCCUUAGCACUAGUAUAAAUAUCAGUACAUCUCUAGGUGAUGGAAGAGCAACUCAAGAUGAUGGCGAAAAGCAAGUUGAUCCAAUUCAUAUCUUGAGUGUUGGUAUCAAAGAGAAAGGAGACACGGAUGAUUCAGUGCUGAGCCGACGUUUUGGUGAUUUCUGUGCUCGCCAUAGUGAUGAGUUGAAAAGGCGUGGAAUUAGACGAAUUACUUUUGUAAUACUCAUUAAGCGUCAGUUCCCAAAAUUUUUCACGUACCGAUUCCGAGAUGGAUAUGCAGAGGACCGUAUUUAUCGACAUUUAGAACCUGCUAUGGCAUUUCAACUAGAAUUGAACAGAAUGAGAACCUACGAUUUAGAAGCACUUCCAACAUCAAAUCAAAAGAUGCAUCUGUAUUUAGGAAAAGCGAAAGUUGCAAAAGGUCAGGAAGUAACAGAUUACAGAUUUUUUAUUCGAUCUAUAAUUCGUCACUCUGAUCUCAUUACAAAAGAAGCCUCCUUUGAAUAUCUUCAGAAUGAAGCAGAAAGAGUUUUAUUGGAAGCAAUGGAUGAACUAGAAGUUGCAUUCUCACAUCCUGAUUCUAAGAGAACGGAUUGCAAUCAUAUAUUUUUAAACUUUGUUCCAACAGUCAUAAUGGAUCCUUCAAAAAUUGAAGAAAGUGUAACAGCAAUGGUCAUGCGUUAUGGUCCACGCUUAUGGAAACUAAGAGUUCUUCAAGCAGAAUUGAAAAUGACAAUAAGACAAUCACCUAAUAGUAAAACAACAAAUGUUCGAUUGUGCCUUGCAAAUGAAAGUGGGUAUUCACUAGAUUUAUGGUUAUACAAAGAAGUUACUGACCCCAAAACUGGAGUAAUAAAAUUUGAAUCGUAUGGAAACAAGCAAGGGCCUAUGCAUGGUUUACCUAUUUCUACUCCCUACCUUACCAAAGAUUAUCUUCAGCAGAAACGUUUUCAAGCUCAAAGUGCUGGUACUAGCUAUGUGUAUGAUUUCCCAGAUAUGUUUCGACAGAUGUUGGAUAAAUUGUGGAGAGAGUAUUGUGAAGAGAGGCCAAAUGAAAAUAUUCCUCGGCCAAAGCAAAUAAUGGAUUAUGUUGAGUUGGUGCUUGAGGAUGAUCGCCUUGUUGAACAGAAGAGAUUACCUGGAGAGAAUAAUGUAGGCAUGGUUGCAUGGCGAAUGACCCUCUAUACUCCAGAGUAUCCUGAGGGUCGAGAAAUAAUUGUUAUUGCCAAUGACAUUACAUACAUGAUAGGCUCUUUUGGACCUCAAGAAGACCACAUAUUCUGCCUUGCAUCAGAACUGGCAAGACAAAAGAAAAUACCUAGAAUCUAUAUUGCUGCGAAUAGUGGUGCAAGAAUUGGAUUAGCUGAAGAAAUCAAACAUUUAUUUCGGGUUGCCUGGGAAGAUCCAGAAGAACCUGAUAAGGGAUUUAAAUAUUUGUAUUUAACUACAGAAGAUUUCACCAAAGUUUCAGCAAUGAAUUCUGUGCACGCCAUUUUGAUUGAAGAUGAGGGAGAAUCUCGUUAUAAGAUAACAGAUAUAAUAGGUAAGGAAGAUGGCUUAGGAGUUGAGAACCUUAAAUAUGCUGGAAUGAUAGCUGGUGAGUCUUCAAGUGCUUAUAAAGAAAUAGUAACAAUUUCUAUGGUAACCUGCAGAGCUAUUGGCAUUGGAUCAUACCUUGUUCGACUUGGACAACGUGUAAUACAGAUUGAAAAUUCUCAUAUAAUUCUUACUGGAUAUCAGGCCCUCAACAAAUUGCUUGGACGAGAAGUGUAUGCUUCCAACAAUCAGUUGGGAGGUAUACAAAUUAUGUACAAUAACGGUAUUUCUCACAAGACUGAUCCUCAUGAUUUGGAUGGGAUUUACACUAUUGUAAAAUGGCUAUCGUACAUUCCUAAGGACAAGCUGUCUCCUGUUCCGGAAAUUAAGUCGGUGGAUCCUGUUGAUCGAGAAGUAGGAUAUAUUCCAACCAAAGCUCCCUAUGAUCCCAGAUGGAUGUUAGCAGGAAGAAGAAAUCCAAGCAAUCCAAGCUUAUGGGAAAGUGGCUUUUUUGACCAUGGAUCCUGGAAUGAAAUAAUGCAACCAUGGGCUCAAACGGUAGUUUGUGGCCGUGCAAGAUUAGGAGGAAUUCCUGUGGGAGUGAUUGCUGUAGAGACACGUACAGUUGAGCUCAACUUACCUGCUGAUCCAGCAAAUUUUGAUUCUGAAGCUAAGACUGUCUCACAAGCUGGUCAAGUGUGGUUUCCAGAUUCAGCUUAUAAAACUGCCCAAGCCAUUCAAGAUUUCAGCAAAGAAGGGCUUCCUCUCUUUAUUUUUGCAAAUUGGAGAGGAUUUUCUGGGGGAAUGAAAGAUAUGUACGAGCAGGUAGUAAAAUUUGGAGCAUAUAUUGUAGAUGGUUUGCAUGCUUACACACAACCAAUAAUUAUAUACAUCCCUCCGAAUGGUGAAUUACGAGGUGGAGCUUGGGUUGUGGUGGAUCCUACAAUUAAUCCUCGACACAUGGAGAUGUAUGCUGAUCCGGAAAGCAGAGGAGGAGUGCUGGAACCUGAAGGAAUUGUAGAAAUAAAGUUCCGUGCUAAGGAUCUUCUUAAAGCUAUUCAUCGGAUUGACCCUGUCAUUAAAGCAGCUAAAGAACAGAUUGAGAGACCUAACACAUCUCAGGAAGUUAAGAUUCAACAAGAGCAAAUCAUUGUUAAACGAGAAAAAUUUCUUCUUCCUAUGUAUCAUCAAGUUGCAGUUCAUUUUGCUGAUCUUCAUGAUACUCCAGAGCGUAUGCAUGAAAAAGGAGUAAUCCAGGAUAUUGUUCCAUGGAGAGAAUCACGACGAGUUUUAUUUUGGAGGUUGAAGAGACGCUUAUUAGAGAACAGAAUUGUUGAUGAUCUAAUAUCUGUUCAGCCAAAUUUAAGUGUUGGGCAGUGUGAAGCAAUGCUCAGAAGAUGGUUUGUUGAAGAUAAGGGAACCACUUCUGCCUAUCUUUGGGAGAACAAUGAAGCUGUAGUGGAAUGGUUCCUUGAUCAGCAAGCUCAAGAUCCUUCAAAUUCAAUUAUCGCAAAUAACAUCCAUUGUGUUAAAAAAGAUGCUGUUGUACAGAACAUUAAGAGUUCCUUAAAGGAGUGCCCAGAAGUUCUCCUAGAUGUUGCCGCAGAAUUAUUCCAACACUUUUCACCACAACAAAGAGCAGAAGCACUUCGAACUUUGUCACAUCUUGAACCAGUGUCAUUGCCAGAGCAAGAUCCUGCACAAUCACCCCAAUCAAGGUGUAAGCUGGAAACAGAAGAAUUUUUUGAGUCAAUACUUAGACAUAGAAGAAUCGAGAAUAAGGAAAAGAAAAUAUUAUCACCCUUCCUUCUUCAGUUAGAUGAGAUAUUUCAUGAACCCUAUUCAAAUAUUCUGAUCUUUUACUUUGUAUAUUUGUUGAAUAGAAAUUCAAUGUUAAUGUUGAUACAUACUUUCCUAGUUCUUUUAUCAUUUUCCAAGCAUCAGGUAUUGAAGAUGAAAGGAGGAAUUCUGUUUCAAAAAUCUCCUAUUUUUCUUAAUAAACGUUCCUGGCAUUACUUUGUUUAUUUUAAAUCUCAUGCUCUUUUUAUUCGGGGAAUACGAUUUGGAAAUUGGUUGCUUGUGGAAGGUAGAACUAAAGGCUGCGAUAAAGCAUUGCAGGAAUUUGCAAACAGUGCAGCUAAUUUUACUCUUUGUGCUAUUAUGAAUGCCAGACCCAUAACACUGUGUGAAUUUUGUGCAACUAAUUACACAAAUGUGCAAGUUGCAUAUGACCAAAUAUUAAAGAUGAAAAUGACAUUUGGUCAGUUUUUUAUUUUAAUGAAAAUUACUUUUAAGUUAUUUGAAUUUGUGUGGUUUUUAAAUGUAGUUUCUUCCAGUUUGUCAAAUUUCAUAUUGUCUCUAGAAGAUGAGAGUGGGGCACCAUGUAGGAAAAUAUUAAUAAAUGUUGAUCGACUUGAAAUUCUUGAGAAUGGUUAUAUGUAUGUUCAACAUCUUUGGAAGAAUGGUCACUGUGAAAGUUGUCUUGAAGUUGUUAAUGGUACCAUUACUGAUAAAUUAAGGAAUGAAACCCAACAAUUCUUGAAAUUUUACCACAAAGUAAAUGCAUGUUUUUCUCACCAUUAUAAGAAUGGCUCUUACAAUGAUUCUGUAUGUAAAGAUUGUAAAACAAUUUAUGAUGACAUGAAUGACUUUUAUGAAAAGCUUAAAAACAUUCAAGGGGAAGGAAACAUCUGUGUUGAUAUUGUUGACUCGGUGAACACAACACGAGCAGAUUGGAGUGAAUUAUUAAGUUGUGAUAGAAAGGAAAUUAAGCUGGAAAUAGGAUUAGUAGUAGCUUUGGUUGUAGUGGGUUUAUUGCCUAUGGUAUUUUACACAUCAACAAAGCAUCUUGCUAGUCAUGCUGGAACUAGACUGUCUCAGCAGAAGAGAUUAGUUCAAACCUUCACAGUUAAUUCUCCAUCAACCAGGAGGUGAAGUUUGGUGCAUGUGUGAAACUAUUUGUGAUAGAAGCUCAGACUUCAUUCUGUAAUAUGUAAUAUUCUGCAUUUCAUGAAAGUUUAGUCAGUAUUCUUUGGCAUGAUAGUUUGUAAUAUGUAUUGUACGUUGAAGUUUGUUCAUUUUCAAGCAAGUUACCUGCAUUGUAAUAAAUAGAAACGAACGUGUUAAAAUGUUUAAAAUUUGUUGACAAUAAUUUGAGGAUCUAUAAAACAAAAUUUGUCUCAGAGCAAAAAAAAAAAGGCUGAUUACCUCUAGGGUUUACUGUUGUUUAUCACUACCAUUCUAUGAAGAGACAGAAUGAGGUUUCUAUUUCUAGACAUACAACUAAUUUUUUUCUACAUAAAUGCUGUUAUAUGUAAAACAAUGGAACCUCUAACCCAAUUUAAUUUUUAGUUGUAGAGAAGUGCCACAGUGCCAUCUACUUCUGUGAGUCCUUAUGACAUUGCAAUAAUUCAUUUUUGACACUAGAAUUAUAGGUAUUAUCUUUAAAAAAUGUAAUGGUUAUCCUUUAAGCUGGAGUUUGGUCUUGUCAGCCACACAUACAACAACACACUGACACAACUGCUCCGUAGAACACAUUUAAGUUUUCUUUUAUUACUCUUUAAAAUUAGUGAAAUGUUUGCGUCACUUGCUAGCUAAAUUGAUUAAUUCUUAUACCACAUACAAAAGGUUUUCAGAUUCAUUGUAUUGUACUAAUUCUAGGUGUAUUACCUGUUAACAUCAAAUUAAAAUUCUGACCUGAUUAUUUUGUAAUAGACACAAAGACAUUAUAUAUGCUUCUCACUUAAUACAAAAAUUAAUACUGAUAUGCGUAGGAAUACAUAAUAAAUGCAGAAUGAUUACAUUCCUAAAUAGUAGUUUAAUGAAACAUUAACUUGCACUAGUAGGAAAAUUCUGUGCUUGUAUGCAGUUCCAUGUAUGUAAUAUAUAAAACUGAAGUUAAACUUUACAUUUAAGAGUACAGAUACUCCUUAUAUUAACCCGAGACAACGAUUCUGACUGCAAAAGUAGAAUUGACGUUUUUCCCAGAAAUAAUUUAGAAAGAUAAGGGCAAACAAGUCCUCUGGCAACUCUUGCACCACAUAACUUAGUGAAUACUAUUUUCAUCGAUGUCGAAUUUUCUUGUUAGUAUUUUUCUUUGCAUGUGAACCACGCUGAACAUUUUUUCCUUCUUUGC